UUAGGGCCCUCCCCCCAACUUAUGAUUUUAUAGCCAAUAGGUGAUGAGGUUUAUUUGCAUAUUUCCAGUCACAUAAGUAGCCGUGGAGUGGAAACAGUGUCAGACUCGAUUCCUUCUCCUCCGAGGAAACCUGCCACUUCUAGCUGCCCUGCCCUCCCUUUUAAAGGGCGACUUGCUGGGCGCCGGACCGCGGCUCCAGCCUACUCCUGCCUCGGGCUCCGAGGUCCAUCAAUCUGUCCGCGCUUCUUCCCGUGACCUGUAGCUCCUACAGAGAGGGACGCGCUUCGAGAUGGGGAGCAAAGCGCUGCUCCUGGUGGCUCUGGGCGUGUGCCUCCAGAGUCUGACUGCCUCCCGCGGAGGGCUGGCCGCCGCCGACAAAAUUAUGGGAGGAAAUGAUUUUAUGGACAUUGAAAGUAAAUUUGCUCUAAGGACGCCUGAAGACACAGCUGAGGACACUUGCCACCUCAUUCCUGGAGUGACAGAAUCUGUGGCUAACUGCCACUUCAACCACAGCAGCAAAACAUUUGUGGUGAUCCAUGGCUGGACGGUGACAGGAAUGUAUGAAAGUUGGGUGCCAAAACUUGUGGCUGCCUUGUACAAGAGGGAACCUGACUCCAACGUCAUUGUGGUGGAUUGGCUGUCGCGAGCUCAGCAGCACUAUCCAGUGUCUGCUGGCUACACCAAGCUGGUGGGAAAAGAUGUGGCCACGUUUAUCAACUGGAUGGAGGAGGAAUUUAACUACCCUCUGGACAAUGUCCACCUCUUGGGCUACAGCCUUGGAGCCCACGCUGCUGGCGUUGCAGGAAGUCUGACCAACAAGAAGGUCAACAGAAUUACUGGCCUAGAUCCAGCUGGACCUAACUUUGAAUAUGCAGAAGCUCCUAGUCGCCUUUCUCCUGAUGAUGCGGAUUUUGUAGACGUCUUGCACACAUUCACCAGAGGGUCACCUGGCCGAAGUAUUGGAAUCCAGAAACCAGUAGGGCAUGUUGACAUCUAUCCUAAUGGAGGCACUUUUCAGCCGGGAUGCAACAUUGGGGAAGCUAUUCGCGUGAUUGCAGAGAAAGGCCUUGGAGAUGUGGACCAGCUCGUGAAGUGCUCCCAUGAGCGCUCCAUUCAUCUCUUCAUUGACUCCCUGUUGAAUGAAGAAAAUCCCAGUAAAGCCUACCGGUGCGGUUCAAAGGAAGCCUUUGAGAAAGGGCUCUGCCUGAGUUGCAGAAAGAACCGUUGCAACAACUUGGGCUAUGAGAUCAAUAAGGUCAGAGCCAAAAGAAGCAGCAAAAUGUACCUGAAGACCCGUUCUCAGAUGCCCUAUAAAGUCUUCCAUUACCAAGUAAAGAUACAUUUUGCUGGGGCUGAGAGUGAGAUACAGACCAACCAGGCCUUUGAGAUCUCACUGUACGGCACGGUGGCGGAGAGUGAAAACAUCCCUUUCACCUUGCCUGAAGUUUCCACAAAUAAGACAUACUCCUUCCUAAUUUACACGGAAGUAGACAUUGGAGAACUGCUGAUGUUGAAACUCAAAUGGAAUAGCGACUCGUACUUCAGCUGGUCCGACUGGUGGAGCAGCCCCGGCUUUGUUAUUGAGAAGAUCAGAGUAAAAGCGGGAGAGACUCAAAAGAAGGUGAUCUUCUGUUCCAGGGAGAAAGUGUCUCGUCUGCAGAAAGGAAAAGCAUCUGUGGUAUUUGUGAAAUGCCAUGACAAGUCUCUGAACAAAAAGUCUGGCUGAAACUGGGCAAAUCUACAGAAAGAAGAAAAGCAAAUGAAUUCUGUGAAGAAUGAAGUAACUUUUACAAAAGCUGCCCCGUGCUUUGGGUAGUUAAAAGUGAAUUUUCCUGAGUAUUAAUCCCAGCUAUAUCUUUGUUAGUUAUUUUAAGAGACAGUCUCAAAUACUAAAAAGCGGCUAACUUAAUUUGAGGAGUACAGUGGCCAAAGAGCACACCUUCCAACAUUAAAAGACAGCAGAUAUGAAAAGCACUGCAUUUUGUCCAUUGAGAAAGAAAUAAGAAUUGUCUGAGCUCAUGAUAAAACAAUAAAGCUUCUUUAUGUAGUGAGUUUAGACAUAGCCUAAAUUGAUUGGCACCUCACAUUUUAAUUGGAAUUCUGCAUUUCCUGGAUGGACACAUUCUCAAAGUUUCCUCCAAGUCUGAAUAUAAAAAAUGAUUUUUCUUGUGGCAUGAGUCUGACCCAUUUCCUUAUUAGUUAAAACACCUGCCUUUUUGGGAACGGUUUUCCUUUUGCCAUUGGAUGUAGCCCAAGAGUUAACUAGGAGCUAGUGACUUGGAGAGAACGAUGGAGAAUGGAGUUGAACUGAAUCUGACACACUCCCUUGGUUGGUUGCAUCAUAACGAAGUUACAAAUUAAAGGAGAUAUAAAAUUUAAA